AUGAGCUACGCAUACCCACGAAAUACCGGCGGAUCUUCUCUUCCUUCAUAUGCGCCUUCAUCUCAUUUCUCAGAGCUGGAUGACCCAUGGGAAAGCGUACCGAGCCUAGCGAAGCGAUGGAUUGCGGAGAAGGUGUCGGCCUGGAGACGAGAGCUGUCAUUCGAGGGACAUGAUUCACGAAGCUUGGCACGCUUGGUGCUGAGGAAGAUACUCACUGUCCCCAAUGCGGUGAUAAUCAUCUGGAUUUAUACACUAUGGUGGGGAGAACGCACUGUCUUCCAAGAGAGCACCAAUGCUUGUCUUUGGAGAGCUGGGAGAGAUGGCCUAUCCGUCCAGCCUCAAGGGGCUACCCCCCAUCACGUUGCAUUCAUCGCCGAUCCCCAGCUGGUUGAUCCUCAUACCUACCCCGACCGACCCUGGCCGCUUUCUACCUUGACUGUCAAGUAUACAGAUCAAUAUAUGCGCCGUUCAUUCAACUCAAUACAAAGAGACCUCGGGCCAGACACGGUUCUUUUUCUUGGUGACCUCUUCGACGGAGGUAGAGAAUGGGCGACAGACACAUCAGUCAGCCCGGAGGAACGCUAUAAAGACAUUGACGACUCAUUCUGGAAGAAGGAAUAUACUCGGUUCAUGAAGAUUUUCUUGGAUCCAUGGGUCCAAGGUAAUGAGCCGCCGGUGGAUGGACGAGGCCGCAAGUUACUCGCUAGUCUGCCUGGCAAUCAUGAUUUAGGAUUUGGCUACGGCAUUCAAGAGCCCGUUCGCCGACGCUUCCAGAGCUAUUUUGGCCCCAGCAAUCGCGUCGAUGUGAUCGGCAAUCACACUUUCGUGUCAGUUGAUACCCCGUCUUUGAGCGCAAUGGAUCAGCCGGAUCCCAAGACGGGAAGCUCUACUCCGCCAGCAGAGAUGGAAUUCCAGCCCUCGCCGGUUUGGAAAGAUGCUGAUGACUUCCUCAACAAUAUGCCCGCACAUCGAGCUAAGGCAGAGACUGAGGAGCUGCGAUUUUUGAAGCAUCUUUCAGAUGCGACGACAAAAUUCGAUCAUCGUAUUGCCGAUGCCACGGACGCGGUGAUUCACGAUACCGCCGAACCUACAUCUGUUCCCUUCCCAACUAUUCUUCUUACCCAUGUCCCCCUUUAUCGCAAGCCUGGAACCCCUUGUGGACCCCUUCGUGAGAAAUACCCGCCAUCUUCUCCAGGUGAUCUAGAAGAAGAUGAGCGGAAUGCGCUCACAGUUGCCGGUGGCUACCAAUACCAGAAUGUGUUGACACCCUCUAUCUCCACUGGUUUAGUGAGCAGGGCUGGUCCGAACAUCGCUCAAGUCUAUUCCGGGGAUGAUCAUGACUACUGUGAGGUUGUUCACCGAGAAUUCAAUGGCUCACCGAAUGAAAUCACCGUGAAGAGUCUCUCAUGGGCGAUGGGUGUCCGCCAACCCGGUUUCUUGCUGACAAGUCUAUGGAAUCCAAUUGAUCCAGAAACCGGCCAGUCCCAGAGCUCGUCACCAACCAUACAAAACCACCUCUGCCUCCUCCCAGACCAGCUGGAUAUUUUCAUCCAUUAUGCCUAUCUCUUCGGACUGAGUGUCACUAUCCUUGUCAUCAACUCCGUGUACCGAUCAUGCUUUACGCCUCAACCCUCAGACUCCUAUGAUUCACUCCUCCCUCUCUCCGAGCAACGUUCCCCAGCCCCCACACACCAGUACCAGACUUCCGGUACGUCCAGCUCCACCAUUGCCGCCGCUGGCCUGGCCAGCCGCGGUGGGCUGUCCGCUCUCCCUCGUACCUCUAGUGCCAAGCCUUCGCACGAUGCUUAUUGGGGUACAGCUCGAGCAGAUUAUGCCUCGAGUUCGAAAGACAAGGGAUCGUAUCGUCCUCGCGUCUACGGCUUCCCCCAAAAGGUGGGGUCUAUGUUUAAAGAAAUUUCUCGCUCCCUCAUAUUUGUUGCUCAGGUGGUCCUUACUCUUUAUCUCUUUUUGAUAUGGCGCUGGUAG